AUGAGGCGCGGACCCCCCAUGCUUCCCCUCCUUUCCCCCCAUGCUCACCCCUCCUUUCCCCCCUUGCUCACCCCUCCUUUCCCCCCUUGCUCACCCCUCCUUUCCCCCCUUGCUCACCCCUCCUUUCCCCCCUUGCUCACCCCUCCUUUCCCCCCUUGCUCACCCCUCCUUUCCCCCCUUGCUCACCCCUCCUUUCCCCCCUUGCUCACCCCUCCUUUCCCCCUUGCUCACCCCUCCUUUCCCCCCUUGCUCACCCCUCCUUUCCCCCCUUGCUCACCCCUCCUUUCCCCCCUUGCUCACCCCUCCUUUCCCCCCUUGCUCACCCCUCCUUUCCCCCCUUGCUCACCCCUCCUUCCCCCCUUGCUCACCCCUCCUUUCCCCCUUGCUCACCCCUCCUUUCCCCCCUUGCUCACCCCUCCUUUCCCCCUUGCUCACCCCUCCUUUCCCCCCUUGCUCACCCUCCCCUCCUUUCCCCCCUUGCUCACCCCUCCUUUCCCCCCUUGCUCACCCCUCCUUUCCCCCCUUGCUCACCCCUCCUUUCCCCCUUGCUCACCCCUCCUUUCCCCCCUUGCUCACCCCUCCUUUCCCCCUUGCUCACCCCUCCUUUCCCCCCUUGCUCACCCCUCCUUUCCCCCCUUGCUCACCCCUCCUUUCCCCCUUGCUCACCCCUCCUUUCCCCCCCUUGCUCACCCCUCCUUUCCCCCCUUGCUCACCCCUCCUUUCCCCCUUGCUCACCCCUCCUUUCCCCCCUUGCUCACCCCUCCUUUCCCCCCUUGCUCACCCCUCCUUUCCCCCCUUGCUCACCCCUCCUUUCCCCCUUGCUCACCCCUCCUUUCCCCCCUUGGCCACCCUCCUUUCCCACCCCUCCUUUCCCCCCUUGCUCACCCCUCCUUUCCCCCCUUGCUCACCCCUCCUUUCCCCCCUUGCUCACCCCUCCUUUCCCCCCUUGCUCACCCCUCCUUUCCCCCCUUGCUCACCCCUCCUUUCCCCCCUUGCUCACCCCUCCUUUCCCCCCUUGCUCACCCCUCCUUUCCCCCCUUGCUCACCCCUCCUUUCCCCCCUUGCUCACCCCUCCUUUCCCCCCUUGCUCACCCCUCCUUUCCCCCCUUGCUCACCCCUCCUUUCCCCCCUUGCUCACCCCUCCUUUCCCCCCUUGCUCACCCCUCCUUUCCCCCCUUGCUCACCCCUCCUUUCCCCCCUUGCUCACCCCUCCUUUCCCCCCUUGCUCACCCCUCCUUUCCCCCCUUGCUCACCCUCCUUUCCCCCCUUGCUCACCCUCCUUUCCCCCCUUGCUCACCCCUCCUUUCCCCCCUUGCUCACCCCUCCUUUCCCCCCUUGCUCACCCCUCCUUUCCCCCCUUGCUCACCCCUCCUUUCCCCCCUUGCUCACCCCUCCUUUCCCCCCUUGCUCACCCCUCCUUUCCCCCCUUGCUCACCCCUCCUUUCCCCCCUUGCUCACCCCUCCUUUCCCCCCUUGCUCACCCCUCCUUUCCCCCCUUGCUCACCCCUCCUUUCCCCCCUUGCUCACCCCUCCUUUCCCCCCUUGCUCACCCCUCCUUUCCCCCCUUGCUCACCCCUCCUUUCCCCCCUUGCUCACCCCUCCUUUCCCCCUUGCUCACCCCUCCUUUCCCCCUUGCUCACCCCUCCUUUCCCCCCUUGCUCACCCCUCCUUUCCCCCCUUGCUCACCCCUCCUUUCCCCCCUUGCUCACCCCUCCUUUCCCCCCUUGCUCACCCCUCCUUUCCCCCCUUGCUCACCCCUCCUUUCCCCCCUUGCUCACCCCUCCUUUCCCCCCUAGCUCACCCCUCCUUUCCCCCCUUGCUCACCCCUCCUUUCCCCCCUUGCUCACCCCUCCUUUCCCCCCUAGCUCACCCCUCCUUUCCCCCCUUGCUCACCCCUCCUUUCCCCCCUUGCUCACCCCUCCUUUCCCCCCUAGCUCACCCCUCCUUUCCCCCCUUGCUCACCCCUCCUUUCCCCCCUUGCUCACCCCUCCUUUCCCCCCUUGCUCACCCCUCCUUUCCCCCCUUGCUCACCCCUCCUUUCCCCCCUUGCUCACCCCUCCUUUCCCCCCCUGCUUCCCCUACUUUCCCCCCCUGCUUCCCCCCAUGCUAGCCCCCUGUUCCCUCUCUGCUAGCCCCUCUCUCCUCACUUGCUCCCUUCCUCUCUACCGCCCUUCCCCCCUUCCUCUCUGUCCCGCCUUUCCUCCCUUGCCUCCCCUCAUUUACUUUACCCCCUUUCUUCCCCUCCUUUUCCCCCCUGCUUCCCCCUCAUUUCCCCCCCUGCUUCCCCUCACUCUCCCCCCUGCUGUCCAUUAUGCUUCCCCCUUGCUUACUCUACCUUUCCUCGUGCUCACCAUCCUCCCCCCUACUCACCCCUCCUUCCUCUCCAGUUUACCCUCUGUUUCUCCUCUCCUUUCUGGUUUUUGGGCCUUGACAGCACAACAGAAAUGA